CGAACGUUAGUUCGAUGUCUGACUGGGAGGUGUUCUGUGCGUGUUCCUUUAACUCAAACAGCAAAUGACUACAUUGCCAAUUAACGUACUUGUUCGCGAGAGACGCAAUAUACGUAGUUAUUCUGUGAAUAAAAAGAAUGCUUUGACAGAUGAUACGUGUCUCCGUUCGUGCUUCGCCAAAGCAAACGAAAUCGCGUCACGACGAUCGAAGGCAAACCGAUGACAAUGUAAAUUAUAUAUGUCACAUAUCGCUGUCAUGACACAUAAGACUAAUGAUGUCUCUGAUAAAUAAACAUGGGAGCAAAGUUAAUAUGGAUUACAAAGCUCGUCUUGAAUAUAAAUUGUAUCUGGCAAGGGAAAAUCCAGAACCUGUUUUUGAUAUCUCUGAAUGUGCUCUAAAACAUGUGCCACCUGGGAUUUAUUCGUUAUGCAAAGUCUUUAGGAAGAAAAUGCUAUGGAUGUAUUGUAAUAAGUUAUCUUCUCUUUCGGGUGGAGGUAACUUGAAUGAUCUAUCUUUGCUUACUGUCUUAGAUCUUCAUGGAAAUCAAUUUAAUACUUUGCCUCCUGACAUUAUGUGUCUUGUCUCACUCAAGGAAUUAUAUCUACAGGAAAAUAAUAUAAGCAAACUACCCAACGAAAUAGCACAUUUAAAUAAAUUAAUUAUCUUAAAUAUAUCAAGAAAUAAUUUGAUACAAUUACCAGAAGUAAUUGGUAAACUUCAGCAUCUUAUUACUUUGGAUAUUAGUUACAAUAAACCUCUUCAAAAACUCCCUAAAUCUUUGGGUUACCUACAAUUAAUAACAAGUUUAAAUAUUGAUGGAUUAAAAUUAUCUUAUCCACCUGGAGAUAUUUUGAGUGGGGGUACUAUUGUAAUCAUUGCAUUUUUAGCAAAUGAAUCUGGAAUUGAAUAUUCCCCUGAAGAUUCAGUUUUAGAUAAUGACUUGUCCAGAGAGACAAGCUCUGAAAAUGUACAAGCAAUAUACUAUGAUAAGAAUAGUGAUGUGCAGGAAACAUUGCAGCAGUUAGAAAAAGCAAAGGAGCAACGUCAAUUUGCAUUAUUAGAAUUAGAAAGAAAUAUAAAACAACAGAAAGAAUAUGAAAUUGAGGUUCAAUCUAUGUUAAAGUCACAUAAAAAGAAGCUGUUAAAAGACUUAGCCCUACAACAAACUCAGUUAGAACACAAAUUAGAAAAAGUACAAAAAGAAAGGGACACUAAUAGAGCACGUCUGCUUUCCUACAUUUCUAAUGCUGAAAAAGAAGCUGAUAAUGUAAUAAAAGAAUUUCUAAGAAAUAGUGAAGAAGAAAGGCAAACUCAAGCUGAACUAUUAGAACGAGAAGCACAAGAAGAAAUGCAAUUAUUAUCAUCUUGUCAUUCAGAACAAUUCUUAUUUCGUACAAAGGAUACUCUUUUGGCAAUGGAAGAAUUAUUGGAAGAGGAAUUAUAUAGGACAAGAAAAUUGGAAGAACAUACAAACUACAAAAAUUAUACUGCACAAUCAUUAUUAUCUCUGGAAGUAAGGCAGAAUGAUCAUCUUGCACAAAUUGUACAAAAUCAAGAAAAGAGUAGACAAGAUCUUAUUGACAAAAUACGUCAAGAUGAAGUGUUGCAAAAGGUUGCAGUAGCAGCUUUAUUAGAACGAAGUGAUGCAAGAUCUUGGAGUAUUAUGCAACAAGUGAAUUUGGUCCAAUCACAAUUAGCUGCAUUAACUAAUAUAGAACUAGAAAGAAGAAAAUUUGAAAUAAACCAACAACUUAAUGAGAUUGCUGAACGAAGAGUAGCAUUAAGUGCUAUUCUUAUCAGUUUAUUAGAACAACAAAAAAAUAGAAGAGAUCAACUUCUCGAAACCAUUAAUCAUAUUGAACAAAAACGAUCUAGUAGUGAUUUGAGAAGAAGCAGUCAGUUUUGGUUAAUGCAGUACCAUUCAUUAAUGGAAACUCGUCCUCAGGGUUUAUUAGAAAUGCUAGAACCUACAUUAGUGCGGCAUGUUGCAAUUGCAGGAGCACUACACUGCCUACCUUUUUUGGCUACAUUACCAUCGUUAUUACCAAAUAUUAAUGAUGAACAGUUACAAGCUAUUGGUAUAACGAAUGAACGGGAUCGCGCUGCUAUAAAGAUGGCUGCUGAAAAUUAUUUGGCUGAAAUAAAAACAAAUGAAGAUAAUUCAUCAAUAUUGCCUUCUGCACCACCUGAGGAAGCUUCUACUAGUUAUAAUCAACCCGAACUUGAUAUUGCGAAAAGUAUUAAUACUGCUGAAUGUGUUGUUUGUCUUGAUUUACAGUGUGAAGUAAUUUUUCUACCAUGUGGACAUUUGUGUUGUUGCUCAAAUUGUGCAAAUAUGGUUUCAUCGAAAUGUCCCAUGUGCCGAAGUAUUAUAGAACGCAAAAUGAGAAUUUUAAAGCCAUAAGCCAUGAGAUGCCUUUUUUAAAAAAUUAGAGAACCAGUUACUGGUUAUUUUUAAGAUACAGUACGUAAUAUACACAUAAUAAAAAGAAAAUAUAUUACAUAUAUGCAGUAUUUUUACUAAUAAUUUAUGUUUACUAUUGUGUUUAGGUGUGAUCAUUUAUUUAUUAUGCAUUUCAUAUUUCUCUAUAACAAACUUCGUUAAUUUAAUUAAUAAAUUAGAUAUACAACCUAACAUAAACUUUAUAAAAAUGUUCCUUUUAUAAAAGCAUCUAUGGUCGUAAUAAAAAAAAUAAGAAUACUACAUAUUCAUAUACAUGUCUUUCUAAUGACUUAAAAUAUAAAUAAUUAAGAUGGAUGAAGUUUGCCAAAAUGACAUAAAUAUUACUCAAGUAAAAUUUA